CAAACGCCCGGUAUCCGGGUAAGAUGGCGGCAGCAGAAGGGUGCUCGCUCUCAGCUCAAUGGCGCCCAGUUUCCCUCACGCACGUUGAAUAUCCUGAAGGGGACGUCUAUGGACAGCUGUUGGCCUACCUCAGCCUAUUACCAAUCUUCAUUCUCGUCAGUUUUGUGACGCUAAUUAUCUUCAAGAGAGAACUUCACACGAUUUCCUUUCUGGGGGGCUUGGUAAUGAACGAAGGUGUAAACUGGUUAAUAAAGAAUAUAGUGAGGGAGCCGCGUCCUUGUGAAGGGACACACUCAACAGUCACAACAGAGUAUGGGUUACCUUCCAGCCAUUCUCAGUUCAUGUGGUUCUUUUUUGGGUAUUCAUUCCUCUUCCUUUAUUUAAGAAUGCACCAGACCAACAACGCUCGGUUCUUGGACCUGCUCUGGCGUCACGUGCUGUCUCUGUGUCUCCUGACAGCAGCAUGUCUUGUGUCGUAUAGUAGAGUGUAUCUCAUGUAUCACAGCUGGAGUCAAGUUUGGUAUGGCGCUGUGGUUGGAAGCUUGUUGGCUCUAGCCUGGUUUAUUUUCACACAGGAGAUCCUAACGCCGCUGUUCCCAAGAAUCGCGGCCUGGCCAAUCUCCGAAUUCUUCCUUAUUCGUGACACCAGUUUGAUCCCCAACAUCUUGUGGUUUGAGUACACAGUCACCCGAUCAGAAGCCAGAAACAGACAACGCAAACUCGGUACAAAGCUUCAGUGAGUCAACAACGAGCAAACUGACAGGGCGGGGUAUGACGGUAGCGUCCACAAUAUCACGGCAGUCGGAAGGAACCUGAAGCCAGUACAGCCCAUGGCGCACCGAGGAACACUUAAACUGACGGACCAAAAAGAGAAAGAAAGAGGCCUUCACUGGGUUUACAAUGCCCGUCUUGCCAGUGGCCCUCCUCUGCAUGUCAGGACUGGGGCCAACGCACUCACAUGCACGCUGUUCAAUGAUCAGUCGAUUGGUGGAAGACAGACUAAUGGAAUAUUAUAAGAGCUAUUAGCUUUUUGUUUAUUUUUUCCCCCUUUAAUAACUUCCUCCAACUUUCCCCGAAAGAAAUGCAGAAAGAACUGAAGCGUUUUUAUUGCAUGAAUAGCCACCUUUUUAUUUAUAUAUUUUUUAAAAAUAUAACUUAAACCUAAUAAGUAUGAGGUGGAUAAUGCUGUGAAUUCCGGGAACUUUUUUUGGAUAAUGCUGCGCCUUUUUUUUGGGAGGGGGGAGGGACUUGUGCUCACAUACUCUGUUGAACGUGGAUGGUAAAGCACUCAAGAACCCGUGCUUUAACAACCGGCGUGCUCGGCAGGAUGUCUCACUAUACUGCAGCUAUGCUCGCCGCGGUGCCUAUAGAAAGACGACAGCUGGAGGGCUUGACGCAAUUCCUGUUGCACUUUGAACAAGAUUUCAAUUUAAGGACUACAAAUAACCCUUUUAACACUAGUGAUCUUUGGUUUUUUUAAAUAAUUGUUUGUGUGGAAAAAAAAAAGAUAUAAGAGGAAGGUAGGAGUGUUAGCAGAGCGGUUACUUAUUAAGGAUGAUUUCUGUAGUAGCUGGGGAGCUGACGAAGCUCCAGAGCAGUGGUCCCAAUCCAGUGGCUGGUAAGUCACAUGGGGCUCUUGGCUGCCUUUUGAUGUUGCUGGCAGCAGCGUCUCAGCGGGCGCUCAGUUCCCGUACAUCUAACUACCCCACUGCAUUAUGCAUUUCCCGUAAGCAUGAAACAAACAAAAAAGAGGUUGCCUGAUUUAUAUAAUUCAUUAAACCGUUCAACUUGAUUCUAAA